UGCCUCUUUCUUUUAGCGUCAGUCACUGCAAAGCCCAAAGUCCAAGCAAGUAUUACCUAUUUCUAUCUUACAUGUCUGAUAAACCUCCAACAUCUAUCAACUUGUACGAGGAGCAAGAAUCUAUGGAUCAACACAGUAACCACAUGAUCAUAGAAGUGGCCACCCCCAAUGCCCAUCUUCAACAACCCCAGCAAAUUCUCCUUCCCGGAAUCAGUGGUGGCGACACGACCAGCAGCGGUGGCGAGGACAACAACAACAACAACUUAAAAUUAGCACCCAAGAAGCGAGCAGAAACAUGGGUUCAAGAAGAGACACGAGCGCUCAUUAGCCUCCGCAGAGAACUCGACUCACUGUUCAACACUUCAAAAUCGAACAAGCACUUGUGGGACCAGAUCUCCUUGAAGAUGAGGGAAAAGGGGUUUGAUAGGUCCCCUACCAUGUGUACUGAUAAAUGGAGGAACUUGUUAAAGGAGUUCAAAAAGGCUAAACACAAUCAAGAACCAAAUGGGUCUGCGAAGAUGUCUUAUCAUAAGGAGAUUGAGGAGAUUCUCAAGGCCAGAAACAAAAAUUAUAAGAACCCUACGCUUAAAGUUGAUACCUUUAUGCAGUUUUCUCAGAAGGGUCUUGACGAUACCAGUAUAACAUUUGGACCUGUCGAAGAGAAUGGGAGGCCAACUCUUAAUUUAGAACGCCAGCUGGAUCAUGAUGGGCAUCCUCUUGCUAUAACAGCUGCAGAUGCGGUCACUGCAAGUGGAUCACCAUGGAAUUGGAGAGAGACGCCUGGAAAUGGUGAGCAAAGUAACUCAGCGGAAGGUAGGGUCAUUUCUGUCAAGUGGGGUGAUUACACAAAAAGAAUAGGUAUCGAUGGCACUGCAGAUGCCAUCAAGCAAGCCAUUAAAUCUGCUUUUAGGUUAAGGACAGAGCGUGCAUUUUGGUUAGAAGAUGAACAGAAUAUUGUUCGAGCACUUGACAGGGAUAUGCCACUAGGGAGCUACACCUUGCAUGUUGAUGAAGGUCUGACAAUAAAAGUUUGCAUGUAUGAGGAGGCAGAUCACUUGCCAGUGCACACCGAGGAUAAAACAUUCUACACUACGAAUGAUUUUCGUGACUUCUUGUCCCACAGAGGCUGGACAUGUUUAAGAGAGUACAAUGGGUAUCGGCAUGUAGAUAUGUUGGAUGAGCUUUGCCCUGGUGCAGUCUACCGAGGUAUCAAUUGACGAUAAUAGGGGAUACCUUGUCCAUCCACGGCUCGUUGGGGUGACUGCAUUUGCCAACUUUGUAAGUAACAUGAUGUCGAUGCCACCAGAGUUUGUUGAUAAUGCUGUUCUGGAAGUGUAAAUGGUGCAAUGGUAACCUGAUAUAGUGAUAUAGUACUGAACAAUUUAAAUGUACAAGUCAAUGAACAUGAAACCUUGUUCAUAUUAGUGUCUCCGGAUGGUAUAAUCUUUUUCUUUCAGCUGUUAUCUGGAAUUCA